AUGGAGCAAAACAACAUCGCCGGGGCUAAACCCCGGUGGUACGAGUACCUGUAUUUCUGGCGCCCGUAUUCCGUCAUGAAGCGCAUACAAGACGGCGAUUACACGGCGGAUAAGGGUUACGGCAACUACUCGGACAGCCGCGGCAUGAAGUUCCUGUCGUUCGGGUGGAUAACCAAGUGGAUUGGCCUGGUGGCGUACGGCAACCUUCACUACGACAGGUACCCAGGAAUACCCGCCAGCGACUUCGACACGUUCGCCUCGACGGAGCUGAGCCUGUGCCUCAUCGAGGGCCGCUCCAUCCCGCGCGGGCCCUUCUUCACCAAGGUCGUGGGUGAAAUGCGGUGGAGCAUAUUGCGCGUUUUCCGGCACGCAUUCACAUAUCUGCUGUUCCUGACGGUGAUGAAGGACGCGACUGAGCUGCUGGUGAUUUGCCUGAUGAAGAUGGUGGUCGGCGGGGUCACGCUCAACAGCUCCUCGGCAAUCCUCUCGUACGUUCUGACGACGGCCGCAAUCGCGUCGGCCAUAGCGCUGGACGCGUUCGUGGAGGCCUACCAUCACUUCUACUACAGGCGCAUGUCGCUGCGGGUGGAGAUCACGCUCCAGACGCUGCUGUUCGGGAAGAUCCUGGCGCGCGACCGCCAGCUGGCGAUGCACCAGAGCGUAAACGUGUCAUUCCACGGCAGCAGCGUCGACAGGGACCAGCAGCCAUCGAGUGACUCCUCCCGAGCCACUAGCGAGGCGGACGCGUCGGACGAGGUGAACAUCCUCAACCUGGCGCUCUUCGACGUCGACGAGAUCUCCAACGGGAUCGUGCGCGUCAUCGAUCUCGUGAACGUGCCGAUAAAGGUAUGCAUGCUCAGCAUCUGGUUGUACAGGGAGAUCGGCUGGAGCUCCGUGCAAUCGCUGGGCAUCAUCGGGGUCAUGACGGUGCUGAUGCUCCUCUCCGAGUGCCAGUGCGCGUCCCUGCUGAAGGAUUAUGUGCGGCGUGUGGAUCUGCGGCUUUUCAAGACCCAGGUAGUCCUGGAGGACCUGCGCAACCUGCGCCUGGUAAAGUGGGUGGGAUACGCAAUGGAGAACGUCAUGGGAAGCCGGAUGCACGAGCUGCAGUCAUGCCUGAAGCGGGCGUACCUGAGUGCCUUGAGCAGCUGGGUGGGCAUGGUGGCGCCGAACGUGAUGGCGCUCUUCAUCUUCGUGACGUCGGCGAUGAACAAUUCCACGGUGCUGCGCGGCCUGAACCUUGACAAGAGCCAAGCGCUGCCGCUCCUGCACGCACUGAGCUAUUUCAUCAGGCCGCUGCGGAAGCUGCCUUCGGACAUCAACGACCACAUGGAAACCUCCAUUUCGUGCCGCCGGCUCGAGGACUACGUGUACCGCAAGGUGCUCGACACGCACGUGCCGACGCCGUACGAUAAGUUUUCCGAGCGCGUCCCGGAUAGCAACUCGGACUGCCAGCAUCCGUACAAGGUCGACAUGUCAACGCUCUACGCAAAUGGUAGGCCCAGUGCCUUCUCCAUCGCCAGACGCAAGUUCGUCAACCGCCUGCCUGCAUGGAUGAUUCCGAAGAUGCCAGCGGGGUCCACGGCCAGUACCUCGCGCUCGCUCACGCCCUUCAACGUGGGCAUAGAUAGCCCCAGCUGGUCGUUCAUACGCUCUCGGGACUCAAUCACCCUGGACAGCGAGCUUCUGCGCGACUCCUUCAUGGGGGUCAACUACCCGCACGUGGUCCAGUUCUCCCACGCGUUCUUUGGCUGGACGUCGGUUCCCAUCCUCUCUAACGUCAACUUGACGUUGCGGCCAAACGAGGUCACCUUCCUCAUUGGGCCGCCCGGCUCGGGAAAGACCUCUCUCUUGAGCGCGAUACUGGGCGACCUCCAGCUGCUGUCUGGUUCCGUCUGCGUGGUCCCUUGGGAAGUUAACCUCCCCAUUGGAUACGUGAGCCAAGAGCCGUGGAUCCCCGUGGGCACUGUGCGGGAAUGUAUCCUCUUCGGCCACCAGAUGGACGUCAUGCUCUACAACCGCGUGGUGAGCGCAGUGGGACUCGACACGGACAUCGCCAACUGGGAAGCGGGCGACUUACGUGUGCUGGAUGAGGGCGGACAGAACCUGAGCACUGGUCAGCGGGUGCGCAUUUCGCUGGCCCGCUGCCUCUACAACCAGAUGAUGCACUCGCACAACGUCCACGCCGCGUCCUACACGCUGUACUGCCUGGAUGAGCCUUUCUCGGUGUUGGACCCUUCGCUGGCCGUUAGGAUAUUCACGAUGCUCUUCGGGCCAACGGGUCUGAUGACGGGCGCCAGCGCCAUCAUCGUGGUGCAGGAGGGCUUCAUCCACACGCUGCGCUCAAGCGGCGUUAACUUCGCAGGCAUGAAAUACUUCGUGUACCACCUUGACGGGCCCAUCACGGAGCCGCGAUUGGAGACUCUGGAAGAAUUUGAAGGCAAGCACGUCCCGAACGAACCGGCCGACGCGGCCGGCCUGCAGACCGCCGAUUCGUUUGACGAGUUGGGCGUCAUCAGCGCGUUGCACACGGUCGAGGUUUUCAACACUUCUGGGUCCAUUGGUGACCUUGACAGCACCAGCGACGAUCCAAAGUCUGACGUAGUCACCGAAAGUUCGUCAAAAGCCUCGUCCACGCAGUUGGGCGACAACAACCAGGCACGCGGAGCCCUGCGGUGGAGCAACUUCAUGUGGCUGUUCAACCACAUUGGGAUGUCUACGGUGCUGACCAUGCUUGCGGUGUCGUUCAUCACCGUCUCCAUGAGCAUUUUCAGUGAGCAGGUCGUGCGCUGCUGGGGCGCCAUCGUCGACACGCAGCGCUGCGUCCUCCCCGAAGGCACGGAUGAUAUGGCUGUGGACCAGAUUAUGAUGGAAACGCAGGCGUACGACCCCAUAAUGCGCCUGAAGCUGAACCACUACUACCUCUUCGUGCUCUCCAACAGUUUGAUCGUGGUCCUCUGCAUGUGCAUCAUCUUUCUGGAGCCACUCGGGACGUUCCAAGCCGCGCGCAGCGUGUACGAAUCGGCGCUCGGGGGCGUGCUGCGUUCCCCGCUGUCCGUGUUCAGCACCAUGCGCAUCGGCACCAUCAACAACCGCCUAUCCACCGACCAGACCUACGUGGACUACAACUGCUUCACACGGUUCUCCAGCACCGCGUCCACGCUGAUGUACAGCACGAUAUCCAUCGUCAUGAUCUGCAUCCUCAACUGGUGGUCGGGUGCCAUGCUUCCCAUAGUCCUGUUUCUGACCUUCGUCGUCGUCGUGCGUGACUACCUUCCCAUGUGCAGGGAGAACAUGCGUACAACGCUGUGUACGCGCGCCGCGCUCUGCACGCUCAUCAGCCAGACCGUCACCGGCGCAAGCGUCAUCCGCUCCUCGCGCCGUGAGGGUGUCGCCAUGUCGCAAUUCCUGCGCUACCUGGACGCGUACGAGCGCACCAAGUUCUUCCACGCAUGCGCCGUCGCGUGGGGAAACGUCCGCAUACGGAUAAUGGGUUUCCCGCUGAUCUUGGCGAACGUGUUGUCGCCGCUGGUCCAGCUCAUGCUACAGCCGCCCGCGGACUGCGGCACCGCCAUGGACGUGCACGUUAGCACAGCGCUGAUGUACUCACUGAAGGUAUCGAGGUCACUGAAGGCCGUGAUUGCUAUGAUGGUCGACGUGUCUAACAUCAUGUGCGCGUGCCAGCGGCUACAGGACAUGUCCAAACUUGGGCCGCAGUACGACCACAAGUACGAACGCCUGCGAAUAUCUGCCAAGUCGCGGAGCGCGCGCCACGGUGUAACGAGCUCCUCUGCCUCGCCCGAACGCCUCUCCCAGGAGGGCGCGAUAUCGUUCCAGCUCACGCGCACCGGAGUGGUGCUCCGUAACGUCGUCGUGGACUACACGUUCAUCCCGCCCGUCAAAUCCGCGAACGAAACGCUGGCAGGCGCCGACGACGCUCCACAACCGGUAAUCAGCUACAGGCGCCUGUCGCUGUCGUGCCCGUUCCUGUCGUUCCCACCAGGCCAGCACGUUGGCAUCGUGGGCCGCACAGGCUCCGGGAAGAGCACGCUGCUGUCGGCGCUGGCUGGCGCGGUGAACUUGGUGCGGGGCACUAUAGAGCUGGACGGCGUGAACAUCGAACGCAUCUCGUCCGACGAGAACUGCACCACCAUCGGCAACAUCCCUCACAACCCGCCGCUGCUGGUGCACUGGACCGUGCGCGACUACGUCGACCCGAAACACGAGUGGGAAGACGUCGCUAUUUGGGAGGCACUGUACACGUGCAGCGCGGGCCCCUUCGUGCGCAGCCUGCCGGGCCCCAACCCGCUGGACGUCGUGCUGAAGAAAUCCUGGACUAACAAGUGCAAGGGCAAGAAGGACAACGUCGACAGCUCAGGCACCCCGAGCGUCGUCAUACUCGACGUCCACCUGCAGUACCUCAGCCUAGCGAGGUUGUGGCUCUACAAGCGGGAGCUGCGCAUGCUGCUGGUCGACGAGGCGUCGGUGAUAGGCACGUCGGAGGGGCAGUCGUUCCAGCCCAUCCACGAGCUGCUGAACCGCCUGUUCCGCAGCUGCAAUGUCUUCCUCGUUGCGCACAACGCCGAGUCGCUGCAGUUAUGCGACCGCAUCUUGGUGCUCGACAACGGCCGCGUUGUUGGCGAAUGCCAAGCGUCCGAAGUCUCCAGCCAACGCGACCUGGCCGCGCGCUGCCGCCAAUUCGCGCGCGGCGCGAAUCCCCCAUCUGACGAGUAG